UUGGAGGAGGAGAAACCCCUGUUUCAGUCGUUCUCGUCUCGCAAGAGAAAGCGGGAGACUUAGAAGGGAGGGAAGACUCUAGCGCUCGAAAAUGGUUCAGCGCCUCACCUACCGGAAACGGCACAGCUAUGCCACCAAAUCCAACCAAACGAGGGUCGUCAAAACACCCGGUGGGAAGCUCGUCUUCCAGAGCACCAAGAAGAGAGCCAGCGGCCCUAAAUGUCCUGUUACCGGAAAGAGAAUUCAAGGGAUUCCUCAUUUGAGACCUGCGGAAUACAAGAGAUCUAGAUUAUCUAGAAACAGAAGGACAGUAAAUCGUGCUUAUGGUGGCGUAUUGUCUGGAAGUGCUGUGCGGGAGAGGAUCAUUCGGGCCUUCUUGGUGGAAGAGCAAAAGAUAGUGAAGAAGGUGUUGAAGAUCCAGAAGGCAAAGGAAAAGCAAGCCGCAAGGAGUUAAGUGACAAAGAGGGGCUUCAAGUUUUGGUUUAGUUUGAUUUUGUCUAUUAAUGAAACGGUUGCAUUGGUUUUGGAAUUCGGACGAUGUUGCUAGUACUACUAUGUUGGCAAAUCUGCUCCCAGGUUUUGUUUACUGAAUAUUAAUUGUUUUUUUGGUUGUUGACAAUUUCAUUUAUCUGAAUUACUUAGAUUAGUUUCUUA